CGGCGAAAAGUGAACUUGGAAGUGCCUGCUUGUUGGGGCUGGAUAACUGUGUGGUCGGUGGUGCUACCCGUGAUUGUCAGUAGGUCGAAGAACACGGACAAGGUCUGUGCGUUGUCUUUAGAAUCAUUUGGCCUGCACUGAUCAUCUCAGCCAGCAGAGUCCCCAAAUAUGCUAUGCUGCGGCCAGACCGAUGAUGAUGGUGUGAUUGUUAUUAUGAUGUUGGUUUGACAGUGGAAUUCCACCAACCAGAAAAUAAGAGAUCUAGUGCUUUUUCGGGGGUUUGUUUUCGUUUCGUCUGUGAAUGUGAACACGAGAAAAAAAAAAAUACGCAACUGGCUCUGGUGCGAAUCGCUCCCGAAUAGAAGACAAAAAAAAACAGUGCGAUAGAAGAGGAGGUAACAGUCGGCUGCAGCGACGACUGUAGUAGUUGAAAGUGUUUUGUUUUUAUCAGCGGUGGCCUCCCCAAAUUAACCGGAAGUGAGCAACGAGAAUUAUGUCUUCCAAAAACGAACUGAAAAAACUUUCCGAGGAAAGUUUAACCCGCCAGCCGGAGGAGGUCUUCGAUAUCAUCUGUAAACUCGGUGAGGGAAGCUAUGGGUCGGUGUACAAAGCGCUCCACAAGGAAAGCGAGCAGGUUCUCGCCAUCAAACAGGUCCCGGUGGACACCGACCUGCAGGAGAUCAUCAAGGAGAUCUCCAUCAUGCAGCAGUGCGACUCGCCGUACGUGGUCAAGUACUACGGAAGCUACUUUAAGAACACAGAUCUCUGGAUCGUGAUGGAGUAUUGCGGGGCGGGCAGCGUUUCCGAUAUCAUGCGGUUGCGUAAGAAGACACUGUCCGAGGACGAGAUCGCCACGAUCCUGAUCGACACGCUGAAGGGCUUGGAGUACCUGCACCUGCGGCGGAAGAUCCAUCGGGACAUCAAGGCGGGAAACAUUCUGCUGAACUCGGAGGGUCACGCCAAGCUGGCCGACUUUGGGGUGGCCGGCCAACUGACGGAUACGAUGGCCAAACGCAACACUGUGAUCGGGACGCCCUUCUGGAUGGCUCCGGAGGUGAUAGAGGAGAUCGGAUACGACUGCGUGGCGGACAUCUGGUCGUUGGGCAUCACGGCCCUGGAGAUGGCCGAAGGUAAACCCCCGUACGGAGAUAUCCAUCCGAUGCGGGCCAUCUUCAUGAUACCGACCAAACCUCCGCCAUCGUUCCGGGAUCCCGACAUCUGGAGUCCGGAGUUUAUCGACUUUGUCAGUUUGUGCCUAGUAAAGAAUCCGGAGGAACGGGCAACGGCCACGGAUUUGUUGACGCAUGAGUUCAUCGGGAACGCAAAACCGUGCAGCAUUCUUAGUCAGAUGAUUGCGGAGGCGAAGGAAAUCAGGGAAAAUCAAAGCUACCGACAGGCGGCGGCCAUCAGUCAGGCCAACAAGCAGCUGCAGAACAACAAUAACAACAAUCACGUGCACGACGGAGGGGACUCCGACGAGGACGAUGUCAACUCGCGGACGAUGAAGGAGUUUCCGGAGGACUGCGGAACGCUAGUUCCCGGUCGGGACGAUGGCGACGGUACGAUGAUAGCGCAUACGGACUGCGGGACGCUCGUUCCGGACAGUGCAACGAUGGUGGAACUGCAGUCGAAUCUCGGCACGAUGGUGAUCAACUCCGACUCGGAGGAGUCGACGAUGAAGAGGCACGACACCAACCCGGACAAACCCAAGUAUCGGCCGCUCUUCCUAGACCACUUCGACAAGAAGGAAGCCGAAGCGGCAAACUUCGUAACGAAAUCGAACAAUCAGCAAAGUUACGACGAUGACAGUGGCUCCUCGCCGGAAGAUCAGGACGCAUCCCCGCAGCGACCACAACCGCAGGUGCAAACACCGACCAAGCAGCAGCAACAGCCCACGGCUCCUCCGCUGACGCAAAGCCUCGACGAGCAGCAGCUGAACGAAGAGCGGCAGCGAUUUCAAUCGCAUCUCCAGCUGCAGCUCAACCAGAUAUCUGCCGUUAGCCCCAAUAUGCAUCAGCAGCAACAACAGGUGCAGUACCAGCAGUCCCCAGUGGCUGUAACUCCCGACGGAGGAGGAGGAGGUGGAGGAGGAGGAGGAGGCGGAGGGGGAAUGGAGGCCCACAAUAGGAUUUACAACAACAGGAUCAAUAUGAUUGAUAGCGAAUAUGAUUCGUUGAAAUUCCUCAACUACGAACAGCUCGAGCAGCGGCUGGCCAGCAUCGACAAGGAGAUGGAGAAGGAACUAGCCGAAACGAACAAGCGCUACCACGCCAAGCGGAAGCCCAUCAUCGACGCCAUCGAGGCCAAACAGCAGAAGCGACAGCAAAAGCACGAGGAAUUUUGAGUUUUCUUUUGGCUACGACCUACGACGAACGCUAGAAAUGAAACGAGGAGUGCUACCCAAGAAUCCCAGAUUUGUAGAAAAGGAAACUAUAGAACUAUAGUAAUCAAUCGCAAAGACGUCGUUUUUAGGAACCUACUGAUGUCGGUUUAGUUGAAAAUUGUUUAAUUUAUAAGAAGAAAAACAGAACUUUAGUGAGCUUUCACCGAAUCAAACCAUAUUGAUUGUAUCGUUUUCAUACUGAGUUUUUCUCCGCUUGGAAAAGAAACCUUUUAGCCCUAGAUGCAUUUAAGGAAAUUUUAGUUUUUUUUUUCUAUUAGGAAGCUGUUUUUAUUUAUACGUAGAAGUUCCGCGACCGACACGGAAGGAAGAAUAUCCUGACUGCCUACAAGCCUGAAAUGCCGAGCGGAAUCAUUUUAGCAAAAGAAAGAAAAAAAACUAAUUAAGUGCUAUUUUAAAAAUGGUGAAGCCAAGUAUGGAUCUUUCGAAUUUAUGAACUAAUAUCUAUUAAAUUUGUAUUACUUCGAACAAGAACAGCCAGAAAACUAGAGAGAGAAAAAAACAAAACA